CUUUGCUAGGCCCUCAAUCCUAGCCUAGCUAGGCGGCAGGCUUGGCUAGGCUAGGGCCUAAUAAUAAUCCUUCCUGUCCGCUAGGUUGGUAGGAGGCAAGGCACUAUUUGGCGGGACUAGCCUAGGAUGAGCUGGGUCUGUGCUUAGGUCUAGGUCCACUGCUAGCUUGGCCUUGGCUCAAAACAACAGGGGAAGAAUCAGUCCCGUUUGAAUAAAGACAGGAUGUGGAUGUUUUUGUUAGCUUCAGCUGGAGUUGUGCACUUGCUGGUGUGCCCCUUCACUAAAGUGGAGGAAAGCUUCAACCUGCAGGCAAUGCAUGAUAUCCUAUAUCAUACAACCAACAUUACAGCUUAUGAUCACAAUGAGUUUCCAGGUGUUGUCCCAAGAACUUUCAUUGGACCUCUGUUUGUGUCUCUAUUGGCAAUGCCUUUUGUUACAUUCUUCUCUCUCAUUGGAGCUUCGAAAGUGAUUUCGCAGGUCAUUGUCAGGUUCUUUCUUGGAGUCUGUGUACUUCUAAGUUUGAAUCAGUAUAGAAAAUCCAUAAGAAUCCGAUUUGGACAGGACGUUGCUAAAUAUGUUAUGAUUAUUACAGCUACACAAUUCCACUUUGCCUUCUAUAUGACAAGGCCACUGCCAAAUAUAUUUGCUCUAACUGCAGUCCUUGUAGCCAUUAGUGCAUGGAUUAAUGACAGACCUGCAGUGUUUAUCAGUCUCUCAGCAUUCGCUAUCAUCAUUUUUAGAGCUGAGCUAGCCAUUCUGAUGGGCCUCAUGCUACUAAUGGAACUAGUUAAUGGAAGAAUCAGUAUUGUAACACUUUUAAAACAUGCAGUCCCUGCUGGAGUAGUUUGUUUGGGUCUGACUGUCCUUGUUGACUCUUACUUUUGGCAGCGGUUACUUUGGCCUGAGGGAGAAGUUCUCUGGUACAACACCAUCAUGAAUAAGAGCUCAAACUGGGGUACACUUCCAUUUCUUUGGUAUUUUUAUUCUGCCAUUCCAAGAGCCCUCUCCAGCAGCCUUCUCCUGGUUCCCGUUGGUGCUUAUGUAGAUCUGAGGAUCAGGACUUUUCUUCUGCCAGCCAUUGGCUUUGUCUUUCUCUACUCAUUCCUUCCACAUAAGGAACUGAGAUUUAUCAUCUAUGUCAUUCCCAUACUCAACACUGCUGCAGCACGGGCAGUCUGCCAUUUUUUCAACAACAGGAAAAAAUCCAUACUUAUGACUUUGAUGUCAUUAGCAAUUGUCGGCCAUUUUGUUGUCAACAUCGCAAUGACCUCUGGGUUCCUGUAUUUAUCGUACCAUAACUACCCUGGCGGAGAUGCUAUCAAUAGACUGCACCAGCUCAUACCAAAAGAAGAAAACAUACAUGUUCAUAUUGAUGUUGCUACAGCCCAGACUGGAGUUUCUAGAUUCACACAACUAAAUGACAAUUGGAUCUACAACAAAACAGAAGAUCUUACUCCAGGUGGACUUGACAUGAUGUCCUAUGAUGUUAUUUUCAUUAGUGCAUCUGAUGAAAAUGGGCCUGAACUUUCACCUUACAAAUCAUCUCAUUACAUAUUAGACCAUGUUAAAGGUUAUGGAGGCAUUGAUACCAAAAGUUUCAAAACUGUGCCAGAAGUGAAACUUGAGCCAAAGAUUUUUAUAUUAGAAAAGAAAAAAUGUGCGGAAUCAUAACAAUAUGAACCCAGAACAGUUUUUGAUAGCUUGUGAUGUAAUGUAGUAAGACUUUAUUGAAGUCACAUAUCACUUUAAAAUUCUAGAAAAGGGGUGGUGGUGGUGAAAAAAGUUGCCAAAAUUAAAUUUUGAUUUUAUUAUGUUGUAAAUUUUGAAUUUAUCAUGUAUUUGAAAUUCAGUAAUACUGUGCUGUAGUGUAAACUGUAAAAAAUAUUCACCCGGAAGUGGUGCCAUUGUUAAUGUUAUUUAAAAUUGUCAUAAAUUACUUCAGUACUAUAUUAUUGUAUACUCUAGUGGACAAAUAAAGUUGUAUAUUAAUGCAAUGCUAAUGGGAUGUUGGAGCCAAUAAACAGUAACGUAUCUAGAAGUAUUGAAAUGUUUGGGGGGGGAGGGGGUGUGAGCCUAAUGGGGGUUCAAAUGUUAUACGGAGGUUGAUAAUUUUGUCAGGGGGUGCUAGCUGGAAAGUAAGACAAUAUGAGGUAAUUUAUAUCUACUUGUGUAUCAUUUUUUUAUUUUUUUUUUCCGCACACCUGUAGAUAUGCCCCUGCCAAUACAGAGGAUAUACCAUAUGCAAUCUCUGGCAUCUUGGCCAUCCACAUUUCAUCUGGUUAUUUUGUAUGAACCUUCUUUAUAUAUCAAAUAAAAUUUACAAUUGCAGCCAUUUUUUGGACUUUUGCUUCAUGGAAAUAUAAUUUUUUUGUGACUGAAUAAAAUACAUUUUAUUUGUGUUAUUAA